AAGAAAUAAACCCUUACCAAAAUAAAACAGGAAGUGACACUGAACUAGAACUAACACAACUGCAUGACAUUGAGUUAACCUGAAGGCAGCUGAACUCUCUCUGUUAAUGUGUUACAGUAGAAAUAGGCUAUAAUGACACAUACCUCUUUGUUUGCUUUGUUUAUUUUUUUUCUCAGAGUGUGCAGGUUUGUAAUCUGUUGAUGGGAACAUGAUGAUGCGGUUUCUGCACAUUAAACUGAUCAGUGAGGCAUUUCGUGGCUGGCUGUCCCACAACCACCACCACCAUCACCAUCACCACCAUCACCAGCAGCAGCAGCAGCAGCAGCAGCAGCGUGGUUAAACGCUGGACCUGGAUGGAUGAUGCGUCUCAUCAUCCCGGGCAUGACACACUUACUGAGCUGCAGAGCUGAUAGGGACACGGAGCGAACCCACGGGACAGAGACUCGGUGCGGAAACCGGAGACGAGGAUAGAGUCACAUAAGAGGAUAAGGAUGAGUAUGCGGAUGAAGAAAAACAGGUGCUGAUGAACGGACGAAGGAUAGUAAAAUUGAAGAAUUAAAUAGGCCAUAAAGCUGCGAGGGGUGGAUGGAGGGAGGGAUGAUGAUGAUGAUGAUGAGGAUGAGGAUGGUAGUGAGGAGGCUGCUGUGAGGACGGGACCGCGCGGACAGUCAAGCUCGCGUGAUCAGUGCGCUACUGUGUUGAUGAUCAUCGUGCGGGUAAAUCUGCAGGUAUCACGGAGAGCUGAGGGAAACGCUAUUCUGAGGAGGUGGGCCAAGUCCCGAGAGAGAGAGAGAGAGAGAGAGAGAGAGAGAGAGAGAAGAGAGAGAGAGAGAGAGAGAGAGAGAGAGAGAGAGAGAAGGGGGAGGACCUCAGGACUCAGUGACAGUCCGGGAUGUUGUUGCUGAUGUUGUCAGUGAUGUGAAGCGAAAUUUGGGAGCUGAUGAAAGGAGUCGUGCCAGCGCGUGGACGCGUAUUUAUACAUUUUUGCAGUUGCACACACAGGAGCUCUGUGUGGUGGAGAGCGGUAGAAGUUGGCUUCCUGCCUGAUGAGAUGUGCGAGGAGACACUGUGAGCUGGGGUUCAUGCUGAUGAAAUUGAUCUGCUCAGUGAGCUCCAACCAGAGCCAUGGGGAGUACCCAGACUGCCGCAGUGAGAGGGAGUCGGGAGGGGAGGCGUCUCUCCUGGUGUCUCCUCUGGUGGUGGCGGGAAUCGUUAUAGGUCUGGUCCUCUUCCUCUCCUGCAUCACCAUCAUCAUCGGCAGCCUGCGCAAAGACAGUCGACUCCGCAACCCACACCUCCGAGCUAGCUACGGACCAGAUGGUUUUUCCUAUGGCGGUUCAGUGGGAGAACUGAGGUCGACCUGCUUAGAAGACUUUCCACCUGGUUUAGACUUUGACUCGUACAGAGAGACUCUGUCGCAGGUCAACAACAUGUACCCAGACUCACCUCCACGUUACGAGGAGUGCGUUGGCCCUGGUUUGACUCAGAUCUACAUACCGACAGAUGACCCACCUCCUUACUCCCUAUUUGACCCCUGCCAGAGGGGGCCAGAGCAGCAGGAGCAGCCUCACCACACCACAGAAGAUCCUCCUUCCCCCUACUGUGGAGAGACCUCAGCCAGUGCUGGCUGGUUCUCCUCCUCCCACUACCCGCUGGGACUGCAGGAGCAGGAGAAUCAACACAUCACAUCCAUCUCCUUCUCCCUGGAGACUGCGCCACCCUAUGAGUCAAUGUUGGCAGAGCAGGUGCAUCCCCUCCCUCUCAUGCCAUGUGACCUUUAUAAACACCAGUCAGAGAGGGGGGAAGCAGGAGACUCCCAGCAACCAGGAGCGAGCCAGAUCUCGUAGGACGGAUCUGUUUUUCUUUCUUUUUUUUUCACCUGUACUGUUGGAAGUAAACAACACUUGCGACGUGGGGCACAAAGUGGCUGUUAGAAGCAGCUGUGACACCACACAAUGGACACUAAUGUGAUGCUCACAGUUUCUAACACCUAACAAGGCUGGUCAUGUACAUCUCUGUGGACGUGACGUGCAGCCAGCGCAGAGAGCCUGAAAUGAAGACUUCAACUUAUGACAAGUUUUCCUCAUCCUUUCCUCAUCUUUUGGACAAUGACUUCAUCUUGUAAUAACACCAUUGUUUGUUUAAUUAGUUUUCCCUCCCCAUGUUUUCAGCUGGUCAUUCGUUUGUUAGUUUUUUUUUAGGACAGAGAGUCGUGUGUCAUGUUUGGCUGAAUUCAAACUAACAUGUAUCAUAGUGUAGGUGUGACAGAGAAAUAUUGAGUUAGAGUGUAGUUUAAAGUAAACACAAGCACACAGACUCCACCCCUCCCAUUCAUUUUGGUAUGACCCACUGCCGUCGGUAUAUUUUUUACGAUGUUUUAGAGGACAGUAUACGCAGUAUGGUGUUGUAUAGAGUACAACCUCCUUAACUACCAGCAUACCCCUGCUGAUUACCAGUCUUUGUAGUGAGUAAACAUUUAGAGACAGACGUGUCCUAGUUAGGAGAAUAACUUUGUGAUGAAAUGAUUGUGACCAAAAUAAUACAGUCGUGUUUCCUCUGUAGUGCUGUUGUCCAAAUCUCUGUCAAGGGCUCUGCUUUUAAUAUCAGUGCUGUAACGAGACCCAGCAGCAAAAUGUAGCUCGGAGCCCUCCUCUCCUCCACCUCUUGACAAGGUUGAGUUGAUGCACCAGAAAAGUUACACACAAAACUGGUGACACUGAAGAUUCUGUUUUGUGUGUCAGUUUCACUCUUGUGGGAGAAUAACCCAGACAUUUAGCAGUAGCUGUGCAAACGUCUUCAUUUACCUGCAAAAGCAACAGCAGGUUUGUGUUGAUUGCGUGUUUUCAUCAGAUGCAGAGAAAUGUGAACAGCACAUGGAAAAAUGUCUUAAGUGAUUGAUUGUUUUGGCAAAAUGAACCAAAAGUUGUCCAACUAACACCCACAAACAGAGACCUUUUUCUUGACCAAUGAUUUGUAAAAACUGCAGUUGAUUUAUUUUUGAUUGACUUUAAUUAAUUGGCAAAGAAGUUCAAGUGUAAACAAAACAUAUUGUGGCCAAAAAGUUGUUUAAGUGUAUAUUCAAAUGCAACUACUCUGCAUUUUAAUGGGUAAAUAAAUAAAAACAGAUUAAGAAAAUGUGCAAAACAGUGAUGUGUAAACUUAGGUGUUGGAACAAAUUGAGAGUGUUUGUCCUGGACUCUUGCCUCAUUGCUUCUUGUCCUGAACUGUAACCACUUACUUUUCUUGACUUUUCCCAAGACCUUUUACAUAAACUCAACUUAAGCGUGACUACACAGACUUGAUGUUAUGUCUGAAACAGUGGAGAAGGAUAUAAUCCGGGCAGCAUGUGUGCAAUUGAAUAUAAUCAACAGUUCAGUGCAGCAGGUGCCAACGUGUUCACCAGAGUCUGUGCUGCAUCACCUCAAACCUUUGUAUUUCACACUGUUUAACAACAGGCAGCACAAACACUGAAAAUCGUGUGUUAUCCUGGAGACACUUCAACCUGUAGACAAGACAUCACCAGUUACCACUAGUUAUUAAGGCAGGAAGUCACAUGAGGUAACCUUUAAUAACCCUAACCAUCAUUUUAGAAUAACUUGUCCAUGUUGGUUUGUGACUUUUGGUCCUUUAUUUAGAAACUGGUCUUCUUGUGACAUUGUUUUUAAUGUUAAGAAACAAUUUAGUGCCUAAUAGCCCUCAGACUGUUAGCUUGAAUUGUAGCCAUAAUGUGUCAAUGCAAUUAGCACAGUGCUUUGUGCUGUAUAUGUAAGACGAUCUUCCCACUAUUUGAAUACUGAAGAAGACAAGGUUUUGAUGACAGAGUUUAUCAAUGAGAAUAAAAAAAAAAAAACACAUCUUGACCAUGCCACACAAUCAUUGCAGCAAUCAGCUUACUUUUGUCAUCGAGCUCAGUUUGGCAGCUACAGUUGAGUUUCCCAUACAAUCCACAACCUUUAGUUGUUGUUCCAGUUUUGAUAACCAUUCAAGAGUCAGCUUCACUAUAAGUGUAAUCAACCAUCGUGGUGGGAUCAUUCUUUUUCCUCCUCAUAUCUUUCAUUGUUCCUCUUUCCUUUUUUUCCCCUCGCAGGAUUCAAGGAAUCUUCAAAUUUGGUAGAGUCAUGUCGUUAUCACUCGUCACUUCUGUCGCCGUGGAUGAGCUUUAAACAGAUACGGAUGAUAGAUUUUGUCUAUAACAUACGUAAAUCAAUCAUCGGUAGAUGUGUGUAAUGUUUAAUUGGCCUGAUCAAACUAAUGUCAUGUGUAAAUGUAAUAAUUAUGCUGAUGCACUCAUUUAAUAUAACAUUACUGACGAAAAUCAUUGGAGAAAAAAAAAACAUAGAAAAAAGAGUGCAGUCACCAGCAUUAGCUUCCUGCAUCAGCUGAUUUCUUAAAUGAACAGAAUAAACAUAUACUCAUUUAAAUAGAGUAUAAUGUUUUUAUAUUACUUUGUAACGUGACUUCUUUAUUAAAGUAGGUUUCAAUAAAGUCGGUUACUUGGUGUACAACUAGUAUUUAUAUUUAUAUUUCAGAUAAAUCCUAUUGUUCAUAAUUUAGUUUUUUCUGCUGUAUUACAAUCUGUGUAGCAACAAGAAAAAUGCUAUAUGUUUGGUUUAAAAAGAUGCUGUGACAUAAAUAUUAACUUUUGUAAUUAUGUCAUAAUUACAAAAACUCAGUAUUUACCAGUGUUAUGUUAUAUUUGUAACAUUGUUGAACAUUGACUUGACAUUGGUUUACACACACAAACCCCCCCUUGCACUCUCUCACUAUGGCCCACCAGGGGGCGCUGCUGCAAAACUACAUAAUGACAUUCAUCUGUACCACUCUUUUUUUUUUUGUAAUAAGACACAUGCACAAGAAGCAAAUUAACAAGUUUGAUCCUGGAUAUCAGUGAGCUGCUGUAUGUGUGUGUGUGUGUAUAUGGUAAGGGGGAAUUUUAAGGCUAAAGCCUAUUAGAUAAGAGGAAAAGGUAAAGAUCAAAUUUGUCCGUAUCUGAGAAUUAGCGUAGAAUUUCCAGAUCAGCAUAAUGGACAUUGUGUUGUCAGCUGGGUUAGCGGCCGUGUUGUUUGUGCGUUUGCUGUUAGUAGAUUGUGUAAGUGUCAAUCAUGUGUAAAUCACCUCCCAUGUUUUUCCUCCUUGCUCCUUUGUCACAACGUCUUUCAAGACAUCAGACGUCAUGUAUAAAUAAGGACCAGUGGUUAAUGAUGUCUCUUAAUGUUCUGUAUUAGAGGUUUUGUUAACAUUUUUUUUCUUCUGUAGAGAAGAGUGAAUAAACCAGAACUCUUAUAGCAA